UUCACACUGCAAUGCGUUUCUGUGGAACUGUUAUACCGCAGAAUAUUAUUUGAGUAGUAUUUCUGCAUUCUAAUGAUGUGCUUUAAGGAGAAGAUCCUUUCCUGGUGGUACGCCACGCGUUUUCCAUAGCAGCUCCAAGUCAAAGAUUAUAUUCAAGAGUCGGUAAUACAAAUACAACAGCUAGAGGUGAAGAUUAACAGAAUGUGAACAACGGGUAUGGUCCCGGAGUCGAAGUGUAAAGCAAUGGCGGAAGAAGACACUUCGUCCCAGCAACAGGGUGAUGGUUCACAGGACUGGUUUUUGAAACACGGGGAUUGGAUUGAGACAAACAUAAAACAGCGAGACUGCCACACUUACUUAAGCAAUCAUUUCAAAGGCUUCGACUGUGUGUGUGGAAAAUCCAAAGAUGAACAUAAAACGUGCCAUGAGCAAGGAACAUGGAGAAAAGAACUUCGCACACAAACAGGCGCCACACACUUUUAUGGAACCACAGAGAUUGGAGAUGGCGAUGAAGUACAGUUUGUCAGAAUAGAUGAGGAUACUCCAUUCAAACACAUCAAGCAUCUGCUUUUAGAAGUAUGGAAUAUCAAAGAGCCGAAAUGGAUUUUACCACUGAUUGGAACCAAAGCUAAUGAUUUGGAAAUGGAGGAAAAGCUGAAAGAGGCAAUCUCGUUUGUGUUUAAAAAACUGUCGACAGUAUCAGAGUUGUGGAUUCUGUCUGAUGGCUUACAUGAUGGGCUAUCCGGGUAUAUAGCAGAUGCUAAAGCAGACUGUGAUGUUCUUGGAGAGAGGAUCACUUCAAUCGGAUGUUCAUCCUGGGCGGAAGGCCUGAUGGAAAAGGGAAAUGAUUCUGGCAGUUUUACAUACAGUACUCUCUGGGAAGAGAUAGGAAGUACAAUGAGCCAUCUGAUGUUGGUUGAUAAUGGAACAGUCGACCAAUAUCUGUGCACCUUGUCGAGCUCGUCUUUUUUCACGAAGACAAUUGCCGGAUUAUCAGUCCCUGCAGAUGGAUCUCGUGCCAUUCCUACAGUUGCGAUCCUCUUUGGUGGUGAACUGUACUCAUUAGAGAGUAUCAGAAACUGUGUGAAAGAGAACAUUCCAGUUAUUAUUGUGAAGGAUUCGAGUGGUAUAGCAGACGCCUUUUGUUUUGCAUUGGAAAAGUCGAAAGGUGUUUCUCAAAAGAUCAAAGAUGACAGAAUUGAACGUUUCGGAAUUGUCAUCAGUCAACGUGCAAAGGAGCAACUAAGUGAGAUGCUGUGGGAAAUGGGUUCUCCAGGCCAAGUUAACGAAUACGUGCAGGUCAUCCUGCAUUGUCUUCAAAGGCGUGAUCUUCUCUCUGUCGUUGACCUGUCACUCAACGGGUCCCUUUUCCAAGGAAUCAUGUCGGCAAUUAUCAGAACGAAAACAAGUACCGAGUUGAUAUCAAUGGUGGAUGAUUAUUUGCCAACACCAGUGUACAGUAGAAAGUCAAAGGAUAAAGCUGAAAUUCAUAUUGAAAACCAGAACCCGUUCACCUAUAAAGGCUACGUUGAUUCUGAAAACAUUGUUAAAAUGGUUUUCAAAGAAGCAAUUCUACAAGAAAAGUCGGAAUGCGUUGAAUUCCUACUUGAAUGUGGAGUUUCUGCAGUGGAAGAUCUUGACAUGUUGGAACUGUACAAAGAAACAAAGAAUGGGCUGCAGAAGACCGUGUCAGAAAUAUUUAACAAGUGCAAGGAUGGUUACGAAAAGCAACAGGAGAAUGAUAACAGGAAGGUGUCAGAGAUGAAAGAUAACCAGAUAAUACACUCAUUCACGGAUAGACUUCUCGAGCAGUUUGUACCAAGCGCUUUUGUUGACAACGAACAGAACACCGACAGCACACGAAAGAGCACAACGGAAAUUGACACUGAUCACGAUGGAAGGGAAGGGAAAACAGUUGGAAGAGAAAAAUUCACACAGCUGUUCUUGUGGGCGGUUUUAACAAACAGGAAAGUGGUGGCUCAACAGUUUUGGACUCGAGGACAGGACAUCAUGGUGUCCGCUCUGAUAGCUGGCACAAUCAUGGACGCCAUUGCAGAGAAAACAUAUAACAGCAAGAAGAAAGCUGUACGAGAGGCAAAUGCAAGUUUCUACCGAUCACUGACAAUCGGGACAAUGGAUGCGUGUUAUUGGGAUCACAAGAAGACGUCAGUGAAGCUUAUCGAAAAGAGAAUCAAAGACAACAUCUGGAAUAUCGAUUUCCUCGCCCUCGCCUUCGAAAGUAAAAACUCGAGUAUAUUCAAAAGUGAAGGCAUUGUGUUCUAUACCUUAUCAAAGUGGUAUGGCGACAUUCCCAAAUCUACAUCUAUACUGAAGCUCAUCGGAUGUACGUUGUGUCCAGCCUUCAUGUUUUUCUUACUGAAGAAGAAAUCAGACACAGACAGAAAAUAUGACAGCCAUGAGGGCCAAUCCGGGGCGCCAGAGAAGACUACUACCACGAAGAAAGCGUGUGUUGGCUGCUCUCGUCUCGGAGCAUAUUAUUCGACCCCAGUGAUCAAGUACACAUCGAACCUUCUGAUCUACUGUAUUUUCCUCGGUCUGUAUGCCCAUUUCAUGCUGAUUGUACUCACAAUGGAUUUCAAAUGGAACUGGGAGAUCCCACUGCUCUUUUGGAUGGUAGUUUUUCUUGUGGAGGAAGUCAUACAGAUUGCACAACUCACGGAAGAACAACAGCAAAGAUCAAGGAAAAAGCGUAGAGAAAAAUCAUCUAGCCGCUUGUCUUAUAACAAGGCUAUCCGACUUCACUUCCAAAAUGAAUGGAACAUUCUGGACUGUGUUUGUGUUGUUGGAUUCAUCAUUGGCUACAUUUUGCGUUGCGUUCCAGCCACCUACGAUUAUGGACGUUUAUUCCUCAGCAUUAACUGCAUGUGUUUUAUCUGGCGAUUCCUUCAAGCCUUCACUUUGAGCAAGACGAUAGGUCCAAUGUUGUACAUGAUGUUCAAAAUGGUGAAAGACCUUCUGCCGUUCCUGGUGAUCUUGUGUGUGGCGCUAUUUUCCUAUGCAGUUUGCACAGAAGCUAUCCUUUACCCGAAUUCAGUUUGGACAAUCGACUUUGUUCUUCAAAUCCCCGUAACCGCAUUCUGGUUGAUAUUUGGAGAAUUGGACUUCUUGGGAGAACUUGAAACCUGUACCAAACCAAUAUGUCCCUCGAACAUUGGAAGAAGAUGGGUUCCAUAUUUCACGGCAGUGUACAUGAUUAUGACCAACGUCUUGUUACUGAACCUCAUAAUCGCACGAUUCAACCACAUAUUCGAGGAAGUAAGAGGAAACACGGACGAAGUAUGGGCAAGACAGAGGUGCCGUCUCAUGUUGGAAUAUGAAAGUAAACCACCUGUACCUAUUCCCUUCUCCAUUUUGUGGAGGAUGAUUUCUCGCCUUUGUUCUUGUCGGUGCAAAUGCAACCGUGGAAAAAUGAAACAACACCCAGGUGACGAUAAGACGGAUGUUGCUGUAACGCCUCCGCGGGAGGAUUACAACGAAGACAACUGUGACACUCAGACGACAGAUUUAAACAUUCCAGAUCAUGGUAAUGAAGAGCUCAGUAUAGACUAUAGCGAGGGGGAAGGGCCAAUUGAACCACCCGUUACAAUACUUCCAGGCCAGUGCAACAUAUCUGAGACAUCUGAUGGAGAUGGUGUUGGCGGUUACCACCAAAACCUGGAAGCUGCAGAUGUUGGUGGUGAUGAGGAAAGUCAACUGAAUGAGGAAGGCGUCAGCGAGCAAUCAGAUACUCAAAUUACUGAAACCGAUGCCACAGCCGAAGAUGUGGAUGCUCAAGUGGAUCACGAAGAUGACUCUAACCAGCAGACCUCGGAGACUCAGCAAGAUGAAAACUAUGAUAAUGGGGGUAACAAUGACUACUAUGGUUACUAUGGAAGUGAUUCGGAAGUUUGUUCUGACGAUGACAUGGACAUGGAAUACGCUCGAAGUCAAGAAGGAACAGAAACACAAAAUGAUGAAAAUAAAAGAAAGGGAGAAAUGAAUCUGGAUGAAUUCGAGAGGGCAAAUGCUGAACUAUACCUUCACGAAAGAGUUAAGCUUGCAAAUUAAUAAUGUCUUGAUUCUGCAGGACAUAUGUUGAAAACCAGUACAAAAUAUAUAUCGGGAGCAGCAAAUGACAUAAAAAAAUACGCGAUCUCAAGUGACAAAUUCAGUGUUCCAUCAUCUACACGUUGAUUUAACGUGUGACGCAAAACAGUGCUGACACUUCACAAAAUGUUCACUUAUGUGCACUGCCUUUGUUUUGAUUUUAGACAUAUGUAGAUAUGACGCAAAACUGUCAUUGGUCCUUCUUAUAUUUUCUUUCAUUUAAUUGUGAUGAUGUAAAGUAAUUAUAGUAUUUCCUCUGUCUUUAGAUAUGAAGCAUAAAUGUGCACUCCUCUAGAUAUUGUCUUUGUUUUUAUAUUAGAUAUAUGUAAACAAGGCGCAAAACUCUCAUUGGUCAUUCUUGUAUGUUCACACAAUUACAUUUUGAUUAAAUGUUGUUCGUCACAUAUACUUAUGACUCAUGACUGUAUACUUAUCUAGAUAUUGACUUUAUGUGCGUGUCUUUAUCUUGAGAUAUAUGAAGAGAUGAUGCAAAACUUGCAUUGGUCGUUCAUGUAUGUUGACUCAUCUCAAAUUUGAUUUAAUGUAUUUUUCUUGUUUUUUAGAUAUACACAUGAUGCAUAGAUGUAUGUACUCAUCUAAACACUGACUUAAUGUACGUUUCUAUCUCGUUAGGUAACUGUAGAUAUGAUGCAAACUGCCAUGGUAGUUCUUGUAUGUUGACUUAUCUGAAUAUUUAUUUCAUGUAUAUUUCUUGUUCUUUAGAUAUACAAACAUGUAUGAUGCAUAAAUGUACACUCAUCUAAAAACUGACUUAAUGUACGUUUCUAUCUCGUUGGGUAACUGUAGAUAUGAUGCAAACUGUCAUGGUAGUUCUUGUAUGUUGACUUAUCGGAAUAUUUUUGUUCUUGUUAUAUAUGUCUGACGCAAACAUGUACACUCAUCUAGAUACUAACUAAAUGUAAGAUUCUUAAAGUUGAUACAUGUAGAUGUGAUGCAAAAAAUGGAAUUGGUCCUGUUCAUAAGUUUUUAUCUGAAGUACUUCUCUUGUAUUUUAGAUAUGGGACAUAAUUGUACACUCAUCUAGAUAUUUAUUUGUAUAUGUACUUCUCUCCAUCUUUAGAUAUAUGCAAAUGUGACGCAAAAGGUCAUCCGUCCCUCUUAAUGUUUACGCAUUUAAAUAUUGACUCAAUGGUUUUAUCAGUUGUUUUUGAUGAAUGUAAAUAUGACGAGCAACUACACAGAUUUACUAUUUACUCUGUUAGAUCUUGAUUUAAUGUGUGUAAUGCGUAAUAAGGUCUUGGUUUUAAAUAUAUGUUGGUGUGACCAACACUAUGCACGAACAUUUCUUCAAUGUUAAAUAUUGAUUUAAAGCAAUGUUUCAGACGAACUAUCUGGAUAGACACGCAUAGUGUGAAGGGAUUAAUAUGUAUAACGCCAAACUAUGCACUAGUAUAUUGUAGAUGUCCAGUUGAUAAGAUACUUGAAGGUACCAUAUUGAUUAAUUGGGCGGCAUCUAGUAUGACAUAUGAUUUAGAUUUGUUCAUGUCAGUAAAAGGAAAAUAGUACUUGUUUUUUAUAAAACUUUAAAUGAUACAAAAUUCGAGUUGUGAAAUAUUUUAAGAGUAUUCUUAUCAAAUACAACAAGGUUUAGAAAUUCUGAUACAGAUUUGAUGUGUAGCAACAUUAUCGGAUUCUGAAUAUUUUUCAACUUUUAAAAUAAUUGGUAAAGGUUCACAAUCUUUGAAACUCUUUGGAUACAUAAACCUUCAUGAUGAUAUGUAGGACCAUACAGUGAAGUGGAUUUGUUAUGUAAUGCUACUAUACAUUAAUUUGUUUUAUUCAAAUUGAACAAAUAUACUUCAAUUCUGGAACAUAUUUUAGCAUUAUCUUCUCAGAAACUAAACGUUUCACGAGGGCUGAUGUUUUUUCGUAGGAUAUAUAUUUCUGCAACGGUUUACAUGUGCCGUAUAUCACAUACAAUGUGACUGUGGCGACUCCUAUGCAGGAGAAACAUCCAGGCCCCUACCCAUUAGAAUAAAAGAACACAAGACCUCA